CAUUUAACCAUAGUACAGUUCGAUUUGUCAACAACUCAACAUGAAAGUGUUUGUUUCCCUCCUCUGUAUCAUCAUGAUAGCGAGUGCAGCAGAACAGUUUACGAUAUGGAAGACAGACAGUGAGCGCUCCUACGAAGGGUUACUGAUGGUGAGUAUCAACGGAGCAGCUCGUAAAAACGUAUGUCGACACUAUUCUUCUUACUAUUACUAUCCCGAUGCAAGUACUUCUCUCCAGAUCUGCAAGAAGCUACACUUCCACCUACUUGUCUCCGUGGACAUCACAAGCGGCAGCCUCUAUCCGUUCCGCAAUCACUACUCCUCAGGUAUGUACAAACUAAGGGGCUGUAACCCAACUUGUAGUUACAGUUCAUCUUCUGCUUGUACUAGCAUAAGUUAUUACACCAAGAUCUCUUGCGGAUGCUCUGGAAACUUCUAUGCAACAGCUGACGGCUGCAUCUCCUGCCCAACAAACAGUGUAAACGCAACUGGUACUGUGGGUAGAUGUUCCUGCGAAGCUGGCCUGUACUGGUCGGGGGGUCACUGUCUACCUUGUCCAGCGUACAAGUAUAGUGCUGCUAACUCAGUGAACUGCACCCAGUGUCCUAACGGAGCUACCUCCACCCCUGGUUCAAGUAACUGUGUCUGCUUUCCAGGGCUACACAAGGAAGGUACAGAGUGUAGGGAAUGUGGUGGGAACACUUUCAGUGUUCGGAACAGCACAUCUUGUACAAAUUGUCCUGAAAACAGCACCGCCUCUCUCGACCACUCUGCUUGUGAGUGUCUGGGCAACUAUCUCUGGAACCCAGCCGGCAACAACUGCACUGAGACAGAGAAACACCACUCAGAGGAACCUUCAACCAACAUGACUACCACAGUGCCAUCGAACAACGCCGCUCAACCAUUAACCACAAAGAAUAAUAUCACCCAAAACAACAAGCAGACAGCAGCUCCGCAAAUACUGGACAAAAAGACCAAACUUGGAAAUCCUCAUCCCGUGACGACAGCACUACUGAUUGUGAUUCUGGUGGCAGUUCUGGCUUGCCUCGUUGCAAUUGUGAUCCGGACAUCCUGGAGAAAGACAAAGGAACCCGGGAGGAUGAUCAUGGGAGGACUGCAAGAUCGAGAUCUCCCGACUGGACCCCCUCCAAAACCACCAACUUGCUGUGUAGACGAGGAGGAUAUUUAUGUCGACCAAGAUAUUGCAUAACUUAAAGAGCUAGGAGUAGGAGGACGCGACUAAACAUUAUUUUAUGGGGUCGUUUACAUAUUUCGUAAUCACUGAGGGGGUUCCAAGUGAUUGCGCUGGUGUAAUCUUAACACAAUUGCUAUGACGUGUAAAACUGAUUACGGAGGGGGGAAUAACCAAAAAAGUGAUUACGUAAUAUGUGAACGACCCCUCAUGACCAGUGAAAGGACCUGU